UUUGGAUAAGAUACAUGGAACACAUAGCAUAAGGCUAGCAUCAUGAGAGAAGGUAUAGCUUAAUUGAGAAACCAUGAAUACUCUAGUUUGUUCACAAAAAUCACCCCUCUAUCUUGCAAACUCUUCACCAUGGAAGCCAAUGGCUCCUUAUAUCCUCCCAACAAGCAUACAAAAAACCCUAAACAACCCACCUGCAACAUGGAAAGUGCAAGCAAGUGCUAAAGGUUUUGGUAGCGCCCCACCUUCCAUACAAGAAAGUAGCAUUAAGAAAACCUCCAAAAACACCAACAACAAUGACGACGAAGAAAUCCCAGAAGAGGUGCUUUAUAGAAUCAUAAAGAGAGUCUUGGUAUCCGUUGGGGCACCUAUGGCACUUGCCUUUGCAUCAAUGAACGUGAUAGGUUUGGUCAUGGAGCAGCAUAUAUGGAAUGUGCCAAAAUGGUUCAUGUUUUUGACACUUUUUCUUACGUUAGGAGCUUCUGUUUGUGGGAUUGCUUAUGGGGCUUUAUCUACUAGCAUGGAUCCAAACGAAAAGGGAUCAUUUCUUGGGUUUGAACAAGUCCAGAAGAAUUGGGUUGAGAUGUGGAAAGAAGAAGAUGAGGGCAAGAAAUCUUGGGACUGAGAAAGGAUAAGAUCACGAGCCUCGCACGUGCUUUUCUCUCCUUUCAUUAUUUUUUUGUUCUUCCUAAUAUGGGAGGGCAUGGAUUCGUAAUGCUUUUGCUAGCCAGAUAGUUGGUGUUCUAGUUUCUCGAUGUUGUUUUUCUCUCUUUUAUGGAGCUAAUUGCAAAUAUAUGGUUACAACGAAAUUAUAAUUCAA